CAAAAAAGUGAGACAGAGAAGACUAGGGUCUCUCACAACUCUGUAGCCCAAAAACUGACACCUCAUUGCUUUCUAAAACUCGCCGGAGAAAUAGACGGAAAUGCUCACCGCCGUUCUCCGGCGUCUCUAAAUCCAGAUCUCCGGCAAAGCAACAACAACAAUGUCUCACCACAACAAAACGACGUCGUCUUCGCUUACUCAACAUCAACAAGUUCCUCUAGUAAUAACUCUCAAUUGCAUCGAAGACACAUCCUUAGAACAAGAAUGUCUCUCCGGCAUCGCAGUUAUCGAACACGUACCUCUCAGUCGCUUAGCCGAAGCACGGAUCGAGUCAGCUACAGCCGUACUUCUUCACUCACUCGCGUUCCUCCCACGCGCCGCACAACGGCGGCUCCGUUCAUGGCAACUCAUUCUCUGUCUCGGCUCAUCUGACCGAGCCGUCGACUCAGCACUCGCUUCUGACCUAGGACUUACACGGCUUGUACACGUGGAUGUUAAUCGUGCUGAGGAAGUUGCGGAUACUGUUAUGGCGCUUAUAUUAGGUUUGCUUCGGCGCACUCAUCUGCUUUCUCGGCAUACUUUAUCGGCUUCAGGUUGGCUUGGCUCAGUUCAGCCGUUGUGUCGUGGAAUGCGGCGGUGUCGUGGACUUGUACUAGGGAUUAUAGGUAGAUCUGCUUCGGCUAGGUCUUUGGCUACCAGGAGUUUAGCAUUCAACAUGAGUGUGCUCUAUUUUGAUGUUGAGGGAAAUGGAAAAAUGAGCAGACACUCCAUUAGAUUCCCACCUGCUGCCAGGAGAAUGGAUACCCUUAAUGAUUUACUUGCUGCAAGUGACCUUAUAUCAUUACACUGUGCUCUAACAAAUGAAACAGUUCAAAUUAUCAAUGCAGAUUGCUUGCAGCACUUAAAGCCUGGGGCAUUUCUUGUUAACACCGGUAGCUGCCAACUGUUAGAUGAUUGUGCUGUGAAACAACUUCUAAUAGAGGGAAGCAUUGCCGGCUGUGCUUUGGAUGGUGCUGAAGGGCCACAAUGGAUGGAAGCAUGGGUAAGGGAGAUGCCCAAUGUCCUGAUACUGCCACGCAGCGCAGAUUAUAGUGAAGAAGUGUGGAUGGAAAUAAGGGAGAAAGCUAUUUCUAUGCUGCAGUCAUUCUUCUUGGAUGGUGUUGCUCCGAAGGAUUCUGUGUCUGAUGAAGAAGAGGAAAGCGAGAUAGGGUAUGAAAAUGAAGUACACCAAAUACAAGAUGUUGAAAGCACGUUGCAGGGUUCUCUUAUUCAGCAGCCCAAUGAAGAUGUUGCAGACAGCUCUCAGAAAAGAUUAGUUAGUAUUUCGAGGGAAUCACCUAGUCAGCUCCAAGGCUCCGUGGUAUCUCAAAAUAGUUCUGGUAGAUCUGAAGUAAAGAGAAGUCGAUCAGGUAAAAAGGCUAAAAAGCGGCAUGGACGCCAAAAAUCACAACACAAAGUGGAUGAUCAUUUGACCUUUGAAAAGGAGAGUACGUCACACCAUGAAGAUGGGGCUACAAUGAGCGGAACAGAUCAAGGUGUGAGUUCCAGUUCACGUUUUGCUUCUCCAGAAGAUUUAAGAGGUAGGAAGACAUCAAUUGAAUCAAUACAGGAAUCAUCAGUGGAGAAGCUCUCAAAAAAAGGUGCGGAUCUCAGCAGAAAAUCUGCGGAACUGCUGAAGGAUGGUUAUGUAAUAGCUUUACAUGCUAGACAUCAUCCCGCUUUGCAUGUCUCCAGACAAAGAGUUAAAGGGGGUGGUUGGUUCCUCGACACAAUGUCAGAUGUUACAAAGAGGGACCCAGCAGCACAGUUCCUUGUGGUUUCUAGAAGCAAGGAUACAAUUGGGUUGAGAUCAUUUACUGCUGGCGGGAAGUUAUUACAGAUAAAUAGGAGAAUGGAAUUUGUAUUUGCAAGUCACAGUUUUGAUGUUUGGGAGAGUUGGACAUUUGAAGGUACUAUGGAAGAAUGUCGACUAGUAAAUUGUAGGAAUCCUCUGGCUGUUUUGGAUGUACGCGUUGAAGUACUUGCAGCUGUUGGAGAAGAUGGUAUCACUCGAUGGCUUGACUAGGCAGUGUCUUUGAACCAUUGCGCAUGAUUUUUUAACAUAUGCCGUGCUGAUUUGUUUGGAAAAUUUACCACAAGUAGUUUUGUAAAGAAUUGAGUCUCCCUCAAAGCAAUAGUUGUAAGUUUUUUAAUGUUAACUUUCAUUAUUGCCUCCUGUCAGGGUUCUUUCUUUCCACGACAAUGGCUUAUUGUAUUUUGAGGAUUCGAAGUAGCUUGCUUUUUGUUUUGACUGUUGCGUUUUAAUGGAAGUUUACAUGCUUUGCGAGUGAA